UAGCAUGGGGGUGUGGGGUGGUGGACAUUAAAGACUUCUUCAAACGCACCUUUUAAGCGUCUUCAUUUGUGAAACUUAAAAUAGACCGCUCUCUGGCUGCAGGACGCAUUUUCGCCUCCCCCUUCUCAUCGGCGGUGUCAGUUAUCUUUUGCUUCAGAUUUCGAUGGAGUGAAACUAUAAAAAGGUCACCGGGAACACCGGGAAGAUCACUGCAGUCGACUCGAGUCUUGGCCGUAUCAUCUGUACCCUACACAGCAAAGAAACAAGAGAGAUCGAAAUGGCCGUCGCAGGUGUACUGAAAGAGGCUGAAGUCACUGCAGCCCUGGACGCGUGCAAAGACGCUGGCACAUUCGAUCACAAGAAAUUCCUCAAGGCAUGCGGUAUGUCCGGCAAGUCCGAAGAUGAGAUCAAGAAGGCCUUCAAAAUCAUUGACCAGGACAACAGUGGAUUCAUUGAGGAGGAGGAGCUGAAGCUGUUCCUGCAGAACUUCAAGGCAGGUGCACGCGCACUGACCGACGCCGAGACCAAGACUUUCCUUAAAGCCGUUGACAGCGACGGUGACGGCAAGAUUGGCAUUGAUGAGUUCGCUGCCAUGGUUAAGGCAUAAAGUGGCAACUGACCAACAACACCUGCUCUGAUGGAACAACAAAGCCCACGUUGACCUCCCCCCGUUUUCAUCUAAAUAUAAAUAAUUUUUAUACAUUUGCUUAAGAGACGUUUCCUCCUAUGCAACACACUGUCCAAAAAACUGAUGAUUGUGAAUGUCGCUCGGUUGUGUUAAUGUCUUAAAUAUGAAUUUUGCUUACUGUAAAAUCUAUGAUGCACUUUCCAGGUAAAAACGGUAAAAAAAAAUAAAGAAUAAAUAUUAUUUUACUGGGG